UGCCGUGCCGCUCGAAGAUGGAGGCUGCCUCGGGCUCGCCGCCGCCGAGCGAGUGCCGGUACCGCACUCGCGAUGUGCUGAUCCCCGGCGGCCCGGCCGACUUCGGCUCGCUGCUGCUGUCGGAGCCGGUGCUGGCUGGGCUGGAGGCAGCCGGGUUCCACAGGCCGUCGCCGGUGCAGCUGAAGGCCAUCCCGCUGGGCCGCUGCGGGCUGGACCUCAUUGUACAGGCCAAGUCGGGCACCGGCAAGACCUGCGUGUUCGCUGCCAUCGCCCUGGACGCGGUGCUGCUGGAGAGCGGCGCCACGCAGAUUCUGAUCUUGGCUCCCACACGAGAGAUUGCUGUGCAGAUCCAUGCUGUGAUCACGACCAUUGGCAUCAAGAUGGAAGGUUUGGAAUGCCAUGUCUUCAUUGGAGGCACUCCUCUGAACCAGGACAAAGCCAGGCUGAAGAAGUGCCACAUAGCAGUUGGCUCCCCAGGUCGAAUCAAGCAGCUGAUAGAGUUGGACUACUUGAAUACAUCCAGCAUCCGGCUCUUUAUCCUUGAUGAAGCAGACAAGCUUCUGGAAGAAGGCAGCUUUCAAGAGCAAAUCAAUUGGAUUUACUCUUCGCUGCCAGUCAACAAACAGAUGCUUGCUGUCUCAGCUACUUACCCUGAGUCCUUGGCUAAUGCCUUGACCAGGUACAUGAGAGAGCCAACAUUUGUGAGGUUGAACCCCACUGACCCAAGUCUCCUUGGGCUGAAGCAGUAUUACAAAAUUGUGAAUUCCCAUCCCCUUCCCCAUAAAACAUUUGAGGAGAAAACUCAGCACCUUCAAGAGCUGUUCAGCAAGAUUCCUUUUAACCAAGCCUUGGUCUUCUCAAACUUACACAGCAGGGCUCAACAUCUGGCUGAGAUCCUGACAUCCAGAGGCUUUCCUGCUGAGUGCAUUUCAGGCAACAUGAAUCAGAACCAACGACUUGAUGCCAUGGCUAAACUGAAGCAGUUCCACUGCAGAGUUCUGAUUUCCACAGACUUGACUUCUCGUGGCAUUGAUGCUGAGAAGGUGAAUCUGGUGAUCAACCUGGAUGUGCCUCUGGACUGGGAAACCUACAUGCAUCGUAUUGGCAGGGCUGGGCGCUUUGGAACUUUAGGCCUCUCUGUGACCUUCUGCUGCCGUGGAGAGGAGGAAAACAUGAUGAUGAAGAUCGCUCAGAAGUGUAAUCUUCAGCUUCUCCCUCUGCCAGAGCCCAUCCCUCCUGGACUGAUGGAUCACCUGGAAGCUGGGGAGGUAGAAGUCAAGCCUGUUACACAAAUGUGUGCUUCAGUGACUUCUGACACUGUGUGCCUUCCACCAAAGGAACCAGUACUGCAGAAGAGCUCUUCAGAGGCACCUCAGCCUGAUUCUGAUCGUGCAGGGGCUAAUUGGAAGCCAGAAAAGCCACUGAAACAGAAUAAAAAGUGCACAAAUCCUGCAAAGAGAGAAAAAAGGAGUGGGAAGCCCCAGACUUCCAGCUGUGGCAUGGAGCAGAGGAGUAGAAUCAGAUCUGGCUCUGGAGCAGAUGGACCCCAAAACGCUCAAGCUGCAGAUGAGGAGACCUUGAAAAAGAACCUUCCUAGAAUCCCAUGCUUGUCAUCUUUCAAAACCCAACCAAGCAGUCCCUGGAGCUUCUCGGGGUUUGUUGAGGACUAUGAGUAUUUCAUCAAAGAAGGGCUGGAGAGAGAGGUUGAAAUAGUAAGAAGUUACUCAGGCCCAGGGGAGCAAGGGGAGCUCCCCAGAAAUGGUGAUUCGGAGUGGCAAGAGAGGGAGUGCAGUACAGAGGUGGUGGUGAAUGGUGCUGUGUCUGCUGACAGUGACAGCUUGGACAGUUCCAGGACAUCCUUCAGCAGCGUGGAGAACAGUUUCUGCUCUGAGGCCCUUUCAGACACAGGGGAGAGGAAUGCAUCUCCCACAGCACAGAGGGCUCAGGCAGGCUUCUAUCCUACAGCAGAGAAGCCUCAGGAGCCAUCACGAGCCCCAAAGCAAAAUCAAGUGAGGAAGAAAGUUGAGAGACAAAAUGGCAAAGCAAAGAAAAACCAUUCCCACCACUCCCAGCAAGCCCCCAGGCCUUCCACUAGACAAAGGGAGGACAACUCCUGGGAUGAUGGUGGCUCCUGUGAGGAUUUGAGCUACAAAAGCUACUGGAAGUCUUACUACCAGGCAUGGCAAAGCUACUGUGCUGCGGUGGCUCACUACAGGAGGAGUUACAGACAGCUCAGCUGUUUGAAUGCCUACCACUUCAACAAUGUCUACCUUCAGGAGCUGCUCAAAAGUGGUGAUUGAUGUGCUGACACUGAGCAUGUACCUGGUUGGCACAAGGAAGGGCUGUGGAACCAGAACUGCCAGUCCACAAGUACCCUGCCAGAGAGAUGCUGGUUAGGGCUGAAGGCAGAUGGCUUUUUCCUAAGCCCACUGUGUCUAAAGCAAUGUUUCUCAUGCAUUCCAGUGGUGAUGUUGCAAGUGGUUGUUAAUAAAGGCAGUGAAAGGCCA